AUGGCGCGGGGCAAGAAGCAGGGGAAAAACAAGGCCAAGGCCAGUCCAGGAAAGAACACGCCACAUCGAGCGCCCUACAAACGCCAUUCGUCCCAAUCAUGGCAGGUUCGCGACGAGGUCGCGUCCAAGUUCUCCCUUCAAGACGAGGCGCGCUGGGCGUCGAACCACCGCACCGCUGCCUACGAAGCCGGCAAGAACCUGCGCCAUAUGCCGCCCAUACAGUUUAUUAGCGCCGGCCACCUCGAAGGCACACUGAAGAAAAUCGUUCCAGCCGUCGAGUCCACCCAAGUUGAAACGCCAGAGUCCAGCGCAGAGUCAUUCACUCCCUCCUCGCCCCUGUCAACACCGGACAACACCAACGCCAUGGCACAUAUGGUCAUUCGGAGUCCGUCGCCUGCACUCUCAGAAGCCUCUUCUAGCGCAGACGAGGUUUUGUUCAGGGGUCGCGGGAACCAGGCUCAAGUCACUACGGUCGCCCCUGUCACUGUCAUUGCCACUGCCACGAAGCAAACCAUAACGACCCAAGAUACGGUAGAUGGUCCUGAAAACCCAGUUGUGUCUGUAGCGGCUCCAGAACCUGAACAAACCUUGCCAGACCAAACAAAAAAUGCUCCCGUGCCGGAGAAGGUUGAGCAGGUUGAAUUAGAGGUCGACUCAGACGCUGAUGAGAUCGUAGAGAAACAGUUCGAAAAGCGGAGAGGAGGCAAACCAAGAUGGGAGGGCACUACCACAGAGUGGGAGCAUCGCAGCAAACCAAACAUUGGAUGGUUGCCUACCAAAAAACGCCCUGACAUGAAGUCUUUUCUGAGUGGCAAAGCAAACUCUCGCGAUGCUGCUAUGGAAGAUUAUUUGCAGAAUGUGGAGGAUUUCGGCCUCACUGACGAUCCAUUAGCUGCAUCCGGAUUUGCUAACCGCGAGAUGGAUCUCGACGGAGGCAGCCACAAUGACUGGGUGUCAACCUCCGAAGCUGCUGAAGACGCAAACCGAGCUGCUGAAGACGAGAACGAAGCCGCCGAAGACAGUGGUGACUGGGAGUCUGAUAUGCUUCAGGAUUUCGACAAUCUGAGUACCUCUUCUGACCUUGAGGAUACCGUCGUUCGAAUCCUCUCAAAGCGCAUCCGUAAAUCUGGCCUCCAAUACCUCUGUGUGUAUGAAGGAUCCGUCAUCGAUGAAGCUCGUUGGCUACCAGCAACCUUCUUGAGGGCCACCGCCGAGAAGAAACUUGUUCGAGAAUUCGAGGCAGCCCUCCGUGAAUGUGAAAAACAUAUGCCUAUAAGCAGUGACUCAGAAGAUGAUGACGACGACGACGACGGAGAAGAAGAAGAAGAAGAAGAAGGAGGAGGAGAAGAAGAAGAAAUCGAUGACGAAACACUUGCCAGGGUCCUACAGAAGCAGGAGGAGCUUGGCUUGGGUGGGGACGAGGUAUUGCUCUAUGGUGAUGACGAGUUCUUUGAUGGACCUGUCAAGGAUCGAUCAUUCAUACCGUUCAGUAGAUCGAACAAGAAAUGCCAGGAUCGUCGUGGUCGCGGUAAACGGGAUCCGUCAUUUCCCUCUGCUACUGCCAUGGCUGAUGCUCUGGACAUGGACCCAUAUAGUGGCUUCGAUGUUAUGGAUACCGAGCGGCCUUCCUUAAAGCCUAAGAAGAAAGGUCGACGAGGUCAACCUCCCCCAGAGCUAGAUGACUCUGACUUGAACGAGCAGCUCCAGAAUGCUUGGGCAGCCGACAGAGUAAAGAAGCGACUUAAGAAGGCUGAACGAGAAGAGCUUCGCCAGCAGGGAUUGUUGGGUCGCAAGGGUAAGAGUGCUAACCUCAAGGUGAAGUACCAAGGUGGUAUUGAAAUGGAAGACAUCGUCGAAGAGCUUCGCGAAUUCAUGCUCGGUACAAUGGAGACGUUGUCGCUUCCUCCGAUGGAUGCAUACCGCCGCGCCACCAUUCAUCAGGUAGCCGCGUUCUUCAACCUAAACUCUCGCUCUCGUGGCGAUGGUAUGGAUAGGUUCACUCUGCUUUCCAAGACGACUCGCACUCGAACCCUCACCGACGACGAGUUCAACAUCGCCAUCCAAAAGAAGGGCUUCCAGAAACGUCUACGUGGUCCUCUCUACACUGAAGGUAGCGGCGGCCGGGCAGGCAAGUUCAGCACCGUCAAGCACAAACACGGUGGUGUGCGCGCCCGCCCUCAGCUAGGCUACAAGGACGGUGAGACAGUUGGCGCAAAUGCCCCGGAGCUUGGACCGGAAAACAAGGGUCACGCGCUUAUGAUGAAGAUGGGCUGGGCCAAGGGCGAUGCUCUGGGUGCUGGUGAUAACAAGGGCAUUCUGCAGCCUAUUCCUCAUACUGUCAAAACCAACAAGGCUGGUUUACAGUAA